AUGCAGUCAUCAUCGGUCAGUGCGGUCAUCAAAUUGUUUUGAAGUCGUAGUUUGCUGCAUCUGGUGCAUAUUUCCGAGGAGGAGGGUGGUCAUUUUUUAACUUUUCCGGAAAGCUUGUCGUGGAGUUUUGUGUGUUAUCCAAUCUGUCAUCGCCGUCGUCGUCCAACUUUGCCAUCCGAUUUGCUAGGAUUGUGGACGCGUUGAUUGAACCAUCGGACGAGAUUGCUGCGGCCAGGCCUUUGGAUGUGCUGUGUUGUUCGCUGUGCUGCGUCAACGGGCCAUCGUCGUCACCAGCGAUGAGCAGCCAGAGUCACAAGAUGGCCGGUCCUCAUGCCCCGUGUUCCAGCGUCAAAACCGCCGUGGAAGAGAUCGAACUGACGGCACGAUUCAGCGAACAGAUGGCCCAGCUCUGCAUGUCGUACGAUUAUUCGGACGUGACGUUCAUCGUCGAGAAUGAAAAACUACCGGCGCACCGGGUCAUCCUGGCUGCCCGAAGCGAAUACUUCCGGGCACUGCUCUACGGAGGCUUGUCGGAGUCAACCCAGAAUGAAAUUCACCUUAAGAUACCGUUGAAGGCCUUUAAGGCCCUACUAAAGUACAUCUACUCGGGAAACAUGUCCCUAGCACAGAUGAAGGAGGAAAAUAUAUUGGACACGUUGGGAUUGGCCAAUCAGUAUGGCUUUACCGAUCUGGAGAUUGCCAUUUCGGACUACCUACGACAGGUCCUGUCGUUGAACAACGUUUGCGCCAUUCUGGAUGCGGCUAAGUUGUUCGGCCUGGAAGGCCUCACCAACGUUUGUCAUGCUUUUUUAGAUCGGAAUGCGGAAGCCAUUCUGCAGUAUGAGACGUUCAAGACCCUCUCGCAGGAUGCGAUCUGCAGCCUGCUGAUGAGGGAUUCGUUCUUCGCUCCGGAAGUGCAAAUCUUCCAGGCCGUGCACGAUUGGUGCAAGUGCAACUCGGAGGGUGGAAACGUUGAUGCAGUGGUUUCGCAGGUGCGAUUCUCGCUGAUGACACUGGAGCAGCUGCUGCACGUGGUUCGGCCAUCGGGAAUCCUGGAUCCGGACCAUCUGCUAGAUGCGAUCGCCGAGAAGACGGCCUCCACACAGCUGCCCUACCGGGGAGCGUUGUGGCCUGAGGAGAACGUCGCCUGCAACAAGUUUAACUCUCGGACCAUCCAGGGUGAGCUACGGUCGGCCCUGCUGGAUGGCGAUACCACUUCGUACGACAUGGAAAAGGGCUACACGCGGCACUCGAUUAGCGACACCGGUGACACGCAGGGCAUCAUAGUCGAGCUUGGUAAGCUGUUCAUCAUCAAUCACAUCAAGGUUCUGCUGUGGGAUCGCGAUACUCGAUCGUAUUCCUACUUCGUCGAGGUGUCCGUCAACCAGACCAACUGGGAACGGGUGGUGGACCAUACGGAUUACUAUUGCCGCUCGUGGCAGUAUCUGUACUUCCCGUCGCGGGCCGUCCGCUACAUUCGCCUGGUGGGAACACACAACACCGUGAACAAGGUUUUCCAUGUCGUCGCACUGGAGGCGAUGUUUACCGAGAAGACCGCUCCGGUCGUCAAUGGCAUCGUGGCGCCCAGUUACAACGUAGCCACGGUAGAUCGAAGCGCUACCGUGGUCGAAGGCGUCAGUCGCACCCGCAAUGUGCUGCUCAAUGGCGACGUCAAGAACUACGACUGGGACUCGGGCUACACUUGCCAUCAGCUCGGUAGUGGCGUCAUCCUGGUGCAGCUGGGACAACCCUACUGGAUUGGUUCCCUGCGGCUACUGCUUUGGGAUUGCGACGAUCGGUCGUACAGUUUCUACAUCGAAAGUUCGACCAAUCUCAAGCAGUGGGACAUGGUAGUCGACAAACGGAACGAUCUGCUGAAAUCCUGGCAACACUUUACCUUCGAUCCCAGGGUGGUCGUUUACAUCAAAAUCGUCGGCACCCACAACACGGCCAAUGAGAUUUUCCACUGCGUCCACUUUGAGUGCCCGUCGCAGGAUCCAAAAUUUCUAAAAAGUGAUGGCCGUGAAGGGAUCCUAUCGUUGGCGUUGGCCAGCGGCGGUGGCGGCAACGGCAUUAGCGGUAGCAACAGCGGACAAGCGUUGGCCGGUGCCGCCGGACUGUUGGCGCAGGAGAUUUACGGGAUGGUGGCUGAUGGCGCUGCGGCAGCCGAACCGCAGGCCAGUACUAGUCGAGAGAGCACUGUGAGCACCCGGGAAUUGGUAGACUAGUGAGAAUGAUUUACGCAAUCAACAAACUAAA